AUGAAGGUUUUCCUUACUGCCCAGGUACCUUAUGGAUCAAGCCCACCCCGUUCGCCUGCAUUAAAUGUGCCCAUCAGCUCACCAACCACCUCAAUCCCGGCUCAUUUGCCCUCCUUGAAUCAAGGGUCGCCUCCUCCUGUUUCAACACCCAACAUUCCCAACCUCCGGUCUGCACAGGCCAGCAGGGCCUUAUUACCUAGGACAUUCUCAGGUGGGACAGCUGGCGCCAAUAGCUUGGGGUUACCCAAUCUCACUACAGUCACUUUGGCUGAAAUGAAAGCAAUGCGUACCAUAUGGUACCGCACAAGGGAUAGCCUCAGGAGUGGACUGGAGGAUUUGGUCACCCUUGGUCUCAUAUCAAAGUCACCCCAGCUUUCCAAUAAACAACAUCAAAACUUGGCUCUUGUUACAGCUUUCUGUUCAAGGCUUGACAGGAUAAUAGAAGUGUCUGAGGUGGACGGUAUCUCGGAUGCUACAGUAGAAUUUAUUGAUAUCACCGGGGUUGAUGAAGAUGAAACCUCUUCCUCAAUUCCCAUUGGUAGUGGCCCAGCUGGCAAUAAAAAGGCUGACAUAGAAAAAUCAGUCAAAUCUCCUGAAAGGGUGGGCAAUCAAUCACUGCAAUCAAAUCAGAACAGCUUGGUCCAUGAUUCCCACUUUGGGGAUCAUGAUUUGAACAUUAAUAAUCCUGAGCUAGACCACUCAAGUUACACCAGCGCCGCACAGGGCUCCAGACUUACCACGUCCAACACUGGCCCCAGAGAAGUGGUCCAGCCAACCACAAAUAGACCGGAGGAACCCAAGUGCAAGGACAAAAGCAGAAAGAAGACCCCCAGGCCAAACGUCACCCCAAUCCCGUCAGCCAAGAGGACAAGAAAGGGGGUCAAAGAUAUGUCCCAGGAAGAGCAGAAGGCACACCAGCAAAGGGCUGAGUUGCGGAAAAAGGAAAGAGAAGCCAGUACUUACAUUCAAGUACCCCAAAUUGGAAACUUCAUGCAACAGGUCUGGUCACCUUCCAGAUGUGAGGACAUGCAAGAGCUACACGAGAAGAUGAAAACUGCGUCCAGAAAUCCAAAGUGGGACCUAGGACCUCAGCUGAUGAACCUGGUUCACGACAUGGUAGAAUGGUUCACUCCGGACACUCAUUCAAGGUCAUUUUACGAGUGCCCAGAUUUAUUCUCGCCUUCCGUCAACUCAAUUGCUGCCUUCAAGGUCAUCUACAACCCUGAUGCCUUCAAAGCUGCAUUAUCCAGUUGCCCCAGACUUCUUCAGGUGGACGCAGUCGACCCCUUUUUCCAACACAAUGUUGUGCAACUGGAUUUGAUUGAGAAGGCCUACAAGUCAAAGGACCCCAUCAAAGCAACCUCGUGGAAAACCCUGUAUUCUAUGAUGAUCCGUACUGGUCACGAACCCGGAUACACCAAGGACAAACUGCUGGGAACAGCAAUCAGCAAACUAUACACACUAUCAGUAUCCUCGUUGGAGCACCUGCACCACUACCUUAAGCCCACUAGUCUCGCCCCCGGCAAUCAUUCAAACAAGAGCCAAGAUUCCCUCCACCUCGCAGGCCAUUUUAUCAUAGGUAAAAUUCGAGCCCUGAAGGCUGACAUGAUGGCUUCUGGAGAUACUGGAUCCGAGAAAAAAAGCAAUGGCCUGAUGAUACUUCAGAAGCGAAUAUGGGAUACCCUUUUGUGUUGCUUAAUGAUGCAACAGUCAAAGUUUGUUUCAGAUCCCAAGCAUCCUGGCGGUUCAAAUGGCGGGUCAGACGGCUCAAUUGAGGAAUCGCUGAGGAAAUCAGGUGGUCGAAACCUCUUCAAGGACGGAGACGUCGAGAACACCAAGUCCCAGGAAGAUAUGAAAGAAUGGGGCAAAAUUCGUCUAGCUGCUUUUGGGUCGAUGGCGAUUUUCUUCUUGUACGGAACUGCGGGGUGGUGGCACUGCCUCACUGAUAGCCAUAACUUCAACCAGAAGGACGUCUGGGCCCUUGUCCAGCUAGCCCACGCAAAGAACGAAUGGCUUUAUCCAAAGGGCCACAACAAGGAAAGGCCAGCAGAAGACACCCCUUGGUAUACCACCGACAGCUUUGUCCGAUGGCUCUUAAUACAAGGCGGGAUGCAUAUACGAGAUGCAGAUAAGGUGGAUUGGGAGUAUGCACCCAGGUUCUGGGCUAAACAGGUGACCGAAAUUAACAUUUCCCGGUUUGCCCUUCAAGACAUCUUAAGCGAAGUUUGUCGUAGGGAUACCAAAUCACUCAACUAUAAAGGCCAAGUCUCCCCGAGUGUCAAAUUUGACAAAGGAACUCAAGCCAUCGUCACCAAGCUUCAACAGCAAAUCCGGACCGAAUUGAAGAACACUUUGGAUUCACAUCAUGCAUCUAUUCGCGCACACGAGGAAGACUUGGAAGUCGACACGCAAAGCCAUGCAUCUCAUGCUGAUCCACAAGAUGAAACAUCGUCUGUAGAUAUACCACUGGUCAAGCUCCCGAAACGUCCUGCACCAUCCACAGAGCUCAAUCCAGGUGGUCAGCAGACAUCCAAAAGAAGCAGAAAUCAUGAUACUACAAAUUUUUCUUCCUCACCACUUUCUUCCCCUCUACCUCCCUGA